AUGCAAAUUCUUUAUUGUGUAUUUUAUCAACUUUCACAGUGCUUCUUUGAAAAAAUUGAAUUUGACCGUGUUAUAUUCAAUCCCAAAAUUUUUGAAUUACUUUUUGAUUACGAUAAACCAAUUCAAUUUUUGUGUGAAAAUAUUCUUCAAUUAACACUUUGCAAACCUUUAUUCGACAAAAAUGCUUUCAAACUUUUUCAAAAAAAUUUAUCAAUUUCUGGAAUUGUUAAUGUUAAUGCCUUUUCAAAUCAUCGUUUAUACACCCAAGAAUAUGAAAAAAUAAUUUUAGAAUUUUUGUUGAAAGGAGGGGAUCAAAUCCCUCAAAUUGCAAUUAACAGCUUGACAUUAGAGAUAAAUUACUUUGAUAAACUUAUAAAUGUGAGUAAAAUACUUUAA